CUUCUUUUGCUGCAAAUCGCAGAGCAUAUGAACUUUGUUAUGAUGGGAAUGUUUCAAUUAUUUUCAUAUUUCUACAUCUUCAAAAUCAUUGAAUCUACCCAUAUGCAUUCAGAAAAUGUUUUUGACCAACCAAUGGACUGGAAUUCCCAUAUGUUUAUUUCAGUUAACAAGUUAAUUUGAAAUCAAAUCAACAAUUAGCAAUCCUUUUGUAGCCAUAGAAGUUGUAAGCAUGUGAAAACAGAAUCAAAAUCUUUGUGUACUAAACAAAUUGAUUGCCAAUUUUGUAGAUGUCUCACCUCAUUAGAACCCAGAGGCCAACGACUUCUACACCUAGUCCGACGACUAUACCUACUACUGCCGCCAUUGCUCCGGCAGAGAUGGACCAUAGGCCGGUCAAUCCGGUUCACUCAGAUGGUCCUCCAGUCCCACAGGCCCAGGCAUCGUCGACUUCUUCGAUGGCGUUACCUAGCGCCAGACGAACUCACCAACGCCCCCGCACUGUGGACCAGAUGUCGCCAUCGGGAUCCACAACCGAUGCCUCCGGUACACGGCCAGCGAAGAAAAACACCCGAGGACCUUGUUGGCAAUUGAAGACGGGGAAGGUCACCCGGGUGACCAAUGGUUGUAUCCCAAUCGGAUACGAUGAGCGACAUUAAGCAGCGCCAACGGCGGAGCAGCAUAGUGUAUUGGCCCACGACAUUGGGCAUGUCGUGCGGACCUUUUGCCCUAUGCUGUGGAAGUCUUGGAAGGCGAUGCCGGAUGAGACGAAGAUUACGGUGCACAAUCAAUUGUCCACAAACUACAAUUUGGAGCACAUGGACGAGGACAAGUUCGCGUAUGUCAAUCGACUCUUCUCCGAACGCUACAAGCAGUGGAAGAGUGACCUGCACUAAUGGUUCCAGGAGUUUGAUGAUCCGCAGGUCGUUCUUGAGGAGGGAUGUCCAAAGGAGUUGGAGGACCGACAAGAUAGUAGGGUUUGGCUUUGCAGUCAUUUUAAGGACUCGACACAUGUGAAGAAGGCGAAGGCGAACAAGAUCAAUUGAGAGAAGAAGACUCUUCUCCACCAUUCGGGUUCGAGGCCUUUCUCUUAUAGGAUGAAGGCACGACGGAAGGAGGGUUCAAAAUUUCCGGAGAUCGACGUCUUUGCUGACGUUUUUGUUCAGCCUGGGAAUGAGCUGACCAAGUCCCUUCAUGCAACUAUGGUGGAGAAGCGACACGUGAUGCUUCAGGAGUCCGCCUCCCACCUUCCCUCGGACAUGCCGAUCGAGUCUGUGGAUCCCCUUGAGGAUGCAGGGUUUCACAUCGUCAUAGAGACGUUGGACCAGACUUUCGGUCGGAGGCCAGGGAUAUAUUGUUGGGAGACUAGAGCCUCGUCAUCCUCGCAAUCAAAGACCAAGGUUGCGGCUUUGAUGCAAAAAGUUGCUGGGCUAAGGAGUGAGCUAGCAUCGUACAAGUCUCAAAUGUCAAUGCUUGUACAAGCCCUCAAUUCCUCUAGAAUACAUCUCCCCAGUUUUUCUACACCAUCGCCCUCACAACCCUUCCACACUGAGCAAGCACAGCAAUCAGGCCCAUCGACCUCCGACCCUAUCUCCAACCAGCAGCAAGAUUACCAAGCACCUCCGAAUGACAUGCCUAUAGAUUUUGCCUCUUUAUUUUCAUAGUUUUGUUCCCUUUUAAAAAAAAAAACUUUA